AUGAGGGACGACGAGAGCACUCCUCAGCCCUCGAUGAGCAAAGGAAAGGGCAAAGCGGUCGAACACGAGAGUGGCUAUGAUCCUGAAAACCUACCAUGGGUAGAGAAGUACCGCCCUGUCACAUUGGAUGAUGUCGUCUCCCACAAGGACAUCACGAGCACGAUUGAAAGGUUCAUUGAACAGAACCGGCUACCUCAUCUCCUCUUUUAUGGACCUCCGGGGACUGGUAAGACAUCCACUAUCCUCGCCGUGGCUCGGCGGAUAUAUGGGAAGGAUUACCGCAGGCAGAUUCUCGAGCUCAAUGCCUCGGACGAUCGUGGUAUCGACGUCGUCCGUGAACAAAUCAAGAACUUCGCAGAGACACGCACGCUGUUUCAGAAGGGCUACAAGCUCAUCGUUCUUGAUGAAGCGGACAUGAUGACAACUGCUGCACAAUCAGCUCUUCGGCGAGUCAUUGAGCAGUAUACCAGAAACGUCCGCUUUUGUAUCAUCUGCAAUUAUGUGAACAAGAUUAUACCAGCUAUUCAGAGCCGCUGUACACGCUUCCGGUUCUCGCCACUUCCCAUAGCUGAGAUAGAGAAACGGGUAAACACUGUCAUGGAGGCGGAAGGGGUGAAGAUUACAGAGGACGGGAAGAAAGCGCUGCUCAAGCUGUCGAAGGGAGACAUGCGAAGAGCACUCAACGUCCUGCAGGCUUGCCAUGCAGCAUACGACCUCAUAGGCGAGGAGGAGAUUUAUCACUGUACGGGCAGUCCACAGCCAGCAGACAUUGAGAUCGUCGUCAACUCGAUGCUCGCGGAUGACUUUACUACCUCGUAUAAAAUGAUCUCAACAUUGAAGGUAGAGCGCGGUCUUGCGCUCCCGGAUCUGAUCAACGGAGCAUAUGACUACAUCGAGACCAUUGAUUUCAAGCCACAUGCUCGCAUAUAUCUUCUCGACUUCCUAGCGACAACAGAACAUCGCCUGUCGUCCGGUGCAAACGAGAAGAUCCAGUUGACGGCGUUGCUUGGAGCCUUCAAAAACGCAGUGGAGAUUUCUUCCAAGUCGUAG